AUGGCAGCAUCAGCCUCGCGAGCGACCUAUCGCUCUCUACUGCGCGCUCACAAGCGCAGCUUCACCCACUCCUCCCGCUCCUCCGCUGCUUCCUCCUCCUCCUCCUCAUCAUCCUCAUCAGCAACACCAUCUACGUCAACAUGGCAGCCAUUGCUCAAACCAGGAGUCCUUCCCGCAUACGACGAAGCGCUCUCCUUCCUGGCCUCGCACUCGUCGUCGCUCCGCACCCGCAUCGCAUCGCUCGACAAGGACCACGCUGAUCUCUCUGCAGACGAGCGAGCACAGCUGAAAGAAUCGCUCGAAAUUGCCGCGCUCAUUAACGACCCUGCCACGCUCGCUGCGUUCCAGUCCUCUUCCGCCACUACCUACGAUGCGUCCAACCCGGCGUUCCGACACCUGCGCGAGCGGCUGUGGCGCAAAGACUCGGGCGUGCUCGCCAAAGUCAUGGAGCGGUGCACGCUCAUGCACGUCUUCCCGGACGUCCUCCCCGGCAUCACACCCACUGCCGACGUGCAGCUCAGCUUCGGCCAGGGUGAGGGCCUCACGGACCACACAAGCAGCGGGGGCGAGGUGCUGGUGGGUGCAUUUGUCGACCCGACUUUGACGCUCAACCCGCCCGAGGUGGCUGUCAAUGUGUUCCAUACCGAGACCAAGAAGUAUACGCUGGCGAUUGUGGACCCAGACCAGCCGGAUGAGGAGCGCCAGACGUUUAAGACGAGUCUGCUGGCACUCAAGACCGGUUUGGAGCUCAGCGCGACGGCCGACCCGAGCGUGGAUUUGACGGCAGGAAUCGACGCGGACUGGAUCCCGCCGCACCCGCAGCAGGGCACGAAAUACCACCGAUACGUCACUGUGCUCUUCGAGCAGCCGCACGAUCUCCAACAGCUCGCACCGGUGCCCGAUCGACACGACUUCAACCUGGCCGCCUUUGCAUCGCAGCACGGACUCACCCCGGCGGGCAUCCACUUCUGGCGUGCCCAGUGGACCCCCGCGUCGGCACCCACCGUCUCGAGCAUCUACACGGACGUGCUCAAGACCGCGGAGCCCAAGUACACCAAGCCGCCGACGCUGGACAAGGUGCGCAAGCAGAUCGGCGACAUUGGGUCCAAGUGGUUCUCCUAG